GCCGACGCAGCACUUAAGGCGGCCCGGCAAGCACGUAAUGCCGCCAAGCCGCAGCUUGCGCGCCACACCACGCUCGGUCACAAGCUGCAGGACGCAGUCAAGAAGAAGCAGAAACUGCAGGCCGACGUGAAGAGCCAACAGAAGGUGCUUGCGGCUGCGCAAGAGCACCUCGCAGAGCUCGAAGCUAAGGUCAAGUCCCACGAUGCCCUCAUCGGCACCCUCCAGCAGGAGCUCAAGGAGACGUGCCCCGAGGUCGUCAAGCCCGAGUUCAAGCUUCCCAAGCUGUCCGAGGCCAUCCUGGACGCGAACGAGGAGGUCAGGCAGAUGCUCGCCUCUCCGGUGUUUGCGCAGGCCACGAAGCUGUGGGAGGAGUGCCAGGCCGCUGUGUCAGCGGCCCCCGCGGCGGCUGCGCCUCCUCAACCGGCUGGUGCUGAGACCGUGGCGCCAGAGUCGGCUCGACAGCAGCCGGGUGGCGCUGGUGGUCCUGCACCCGCCGCACCUCCUGGGAAUCAGGACGAGUUCAUGGAUGUUCAGGAGGCUGACGUGGAUGAGCUUAUCGCCAAAGCCCAGCAAGGCGACAAGCGUGGGUUGCAGGCCUUUCUCGAAGAGAAGGGCAUCAGGGCCAAGAAGCCGCGGUGUGGGUGA